AUGGAUUUUGUUAAUCUGGCGGUGGAGGUGGGCACCCCGACGGUGCGCACCGAUGCCAACGACAAUGGCGAAGAUAAACUGAUGCCGACAAGCUUGGGGACUGAUCCUCAGAAAGAAACGACGCUGCGGCUCACUCGGCAAACGGCCCGGGAAAUAAACGCGGCGACUAAGGGGGCUGGAGGCGGCCUCCCUGUUUCCCAGAUUGUGCCCGGUGGGGAGGAGGGAAAAGCGCUCCAGAGACGCAAGGGGCUGAAGGCGGGGGCAAAAAGGGUCCACCCCGACGAAGGGGAACUGGAACCCGAUAAUGAGCCGCCGAAAAUUAGCUCGGCUCGGAGGGGGAGGAAAGUCGGCGGUGUAGGGUCCGGCGCGCCUCGCCUUAAACUAAAAAUCCCAGCUCGAGGGAAAAAGGCCGCUGGAACAUACGCUGGGUUGUCGGCCGCCCGCGAAAAUCUGCGGAACAGCAUGGGCCUGGAUCCUGAGGAGGAAGAUGAGGAGCUUAUGGACGGUGACUGCUGGAACGAGGGUCGGGCGUCCCCGUUGGGGGAUAAGGACCCCAUUGAGGCGGCACGCCGGGCUGCUCAGACAGUAUUGGAGCAGACGGCGAAGUCCUCCGAUAUCGGGGGUUGCGUGAGGGGCACCAUCAACGACGCUUGCAGCGUUAUUAAGGCCGCCAUGGAACAGCUGCAGUCACGGCAUGAAGGAGAGGAGAUCCGCUCCCUCAGAGCGGAUAAUAAAAGGAUGCGGGAGGAACUCGCCAUCAUGCGAUCGGAGACAAAAGCGCUCCGGAAAGCCUUCUCCGAGAGGGGAAUGGCGGCCCCUCAGGCACCCCCCGCGAUGGACCAUAAUGGGUCAGGGGACCUCCUAAGGGCCGAGGUGGAGACGCUUCUCAACUCCUUCAGGGAGGAACUAGAGCAGAAGCUAUUUGCCUCCAUCGGAGGGAUGGUGAACACCAGGCUGCAGGAGAUCCAGAAGCGCCUCCCUCCGGAGCCGAUCAUCCGGCCGCCGUUAGCGGCAGAUAGAAAAAGGGCAGAGGGCCCUAAUAAUGCGCCUGCCGUCCCGGAGCAGCCCAGCCCGCAACUGAGAGCGAACAGGGGGCCAUUGGGAGGCAGCGGCAGACAAACCACUGCGACGGGGGCGACACUCAUGCCCCCUGCGAGACCUGCGCCUGCUCCGCGGACCAAGAAGACGACGGCGGCUGGGCCCAAGCCGGUGCCUGCAGCCCCCACACAGAUGCCCCCCACGCAGGGGGAAUGGACGCAGGUGGUGAAGCGGGGAAAGAAAAAGAAGGCCACCCCUCCUGCCGCUUCGACGACAAAAGCGGGUAAGCCGGCGGCCCCGGCAGCCAAAAAGCUGGCGGUCCCGAAAACCGCAGCGGUAGUGGUGGCUCUUAAGCCAGAGGCGAAGGAGUCGUACGCCUCCGUAAUGCUGAGAGCCACUCAAGCCUUUCGGCUCGAGGAGAUUGGCCUCGAGCACGUUAAUAUGCGGAAGACGGCGGACGGGACCCGCAUCCUGGAAGUGGCGGGGGCAGACAAUGGCCGCACCGCCGACGCUCUGAAGGUGCGCCUGGAGGCAGCCAUAGGAGACGCGGCCAGAGUCUAUAGACCGGUUAAGAUGGCGCGUCUUCGAGUCUCCGGCCUCGACGAGGCUACUACACCGGAAACAGUGGCGACGGCAAUUGCGGCCAAAGGGGGUUGUUCGAAUGCGGAUGUCCGGGUCGGGGACAUCCGCAUUGGCUACAGCGGCACUGGUUCGGCCCUUGUACAGUGCCCUAUAGAGGCGGCGAGCGCCGCGGCGUCGGUGGGUAGGGUGACAAUAGGGUGGUCGUCCGCCCGAAUUAAAGCACUGGAACCUGGUGUGCUCAGGUGCUUUAAGUGCCUGGGCAUCGGACACACUAGGGCCACGUGCCCCUCCCCGGUAGAAAGAGGUGAUCUGUGCUUCCGCUGCAGCAAGCCGGGGCACCGAGGGGCGGACUGCCAAGCAGAGGCUUUCUGCGCAGUCUGCCAUCAGGCGAAAUUGCCAGCGAAGCACAGGAUGGGCGGUUUCUCCUGUAACCCCCCUAAGGUAAGGGGAGUGGAAGCCCGCAGUGGGAACCGUGGGGCUCCGGAAAAGGCCGCCCCGGCUAUUGACCCAAGCCCCCCUCCGACGGAACAGAUGAUUGUGGGACAGCCAAUGGACCAAUAA